AUGCCUCAUUCUACACCGUCAAUCCCGGCCGCGACGAUCACUGCGCUGGAUGAGAAAUUGGCAGACGCCGACGCGGCCCUCCCCGCUCUUUUUCUUCAGGAAAACGGCAUCACAGCCGACAGUCUACCUUACUGGCUGGUGAACGUACCUCAAUCGCAGUGGACAUCGGAAUGUCCCAGCUUUUUACGCGAUCAACCGCCGAAGAACAUUCGAUGCCUAGCGACACCGGAUGAACGCUACCGACGACAGGACUGGAAAUCGGUGCAGGAGAUCGUGAGGACUAACCGAAUUGAUCGUUUUCAACGUGUCCCGAGCAAGCUACGGAAAUACCUGGAAUACACUGCCCAGAUUAAGGCUCAAUAUGGAUCGGUCAUGCGUUUUGUCGUCAAGGAGAGGCUGCACUGGGGUAAUGGGGAUACCGAUGAUCUGAAACCGCGGGGAUCCCCGUUUGAGUUCGACGAGGAUAUCUGCAUCCUGUACAACGACUGGCCCUACGGCAUCGACACCGACAUCAUCCACUUGGUAGUAUGGACCAAGUUCGAGCUUCCAGAUGACCCAGCCACGGGUGAGUUAACGAGGGAGGCCCGGGAGAUGAUCGAACAAUAUGUGCAACGAACAUUUCGUUCCAUGGCGGCGGACUCGGUCGUGUGGUUCAAGAACUGGAAAUCCUUGAAAUCGGUGCACGCAGUUGAACACUUCCACGUCAUGCUCCAUCGGCCAGAUAUGGCAUUCGUGGCGGAGAUCACCCGGGGAGAUGUCCCACUUAUCGAUCGGAUCUGA